GUCUGUCAUCGCUACGUGGCUGUUCAACUUGCCGUCGACGUCGAGCGAGAUCGAAAACUAUCAGCAGAGCAGCAUUGGUUGGUUUGGUUUUGUGAAGCAAAAGCAGAACGUUGUGUUAUUUCGACCGUGUUCCGGUGUACUCUCAAGCUUUUCUAUUUCUACCUAACAAGUUUAACAGUUUUCCAAGAGUUAAACAUGAUCGCGAAAUCUUUCCUCUUUGUUGCCCUGGCGGCAGUGACGAUUUCCGCAUGCCAGGCUAGUUCCUGCUCUAAUCCGGAGGUGAAAGCUAACUUUUUCUACACGAAGGAUGCAACCAUCGUAAGUCAGAUCGCAUUCGUCUCGGAAUUCACUUUGAAGUGUUCCAAUGCGGGAGCCGAAAAACUGCCUCUGUUCGCUGAAGUUGCUGGAAAAUUAUCUCCGGUUGUUCGAAUUGGCGAUAGCAAAUACCAGGUCAGCUGGAACGAAGAAAUCAAAAAGGCUAGCAGCGGCCGGUACACGGUCCGCCUGUUCGACGAAGAGUCAUUUGCAGCCGUCCGGAAAGCGCAACGUGCCGGUGAGGAUGUACAGGCGGUGAAACCGCUAACCAGUCUGCUGGGGCACUACCCCGGUGCCUACAAGGGACCGUGGAUUAACUCGGAAAUUCUGGCAGCCGGUGUGGUCGGAGUCGUGGCGUAUGUGGCCUUUUCGACCCGCACCAAACUGUUAGCCUAAGCGUGUGUGUGAGAGAGAGAGCGUUAAGAAUAAGAUUGCGCACCCGACAUCGUCACAUCCUAUCAUCCGCUGGAUUAGCCAGCAAUGCAUUUUUCGCAUGGUUUUUUGCUUGUUUUACACGAGAAGCUGUAAGAAGUAGGAUUCAAGGACACGUUAAUAAACCUGCUUUGUUAAAAUGA